CGCACGCAGAAGGUGUUGCUCAAGUGUUCUUUUGCGACUCAUAUGGAAUGCACGUCCAGUUUCGCGGUCAGAUGCUGCGUUGUUGGAAUUUCACGUCCUUCACUUUGAGUUGAGAUCAGAUUCGUGGGCGUUGCCCCCUUCAUAUAUCCACCGCCUUAGCGACCAACCUUACCCUGAGACGACAUAGGACAUAGCGUCAUUCACUAUGCCACCACGCGCCGUGAACAAGCGAGCGACAGGAACGCCUGGGCGCGCUGGGUCGAUGCCAGUCGUGUCGCCUACUUCCGGCAGUCAUCGGCUCGUGCAGCCACAUCUGCGCGAACUCCAGGCAACGCCAGCCUCCCGGAGACAGUACAGUUACGGCUCUGGACCAGAACCGGCACCUUCUCGCGCGGAGCGCUCAUUGCGCAGGGGACAGCAGCUCGACCUAGGCCAUGCGGUUGGCAGCGUGUUGCAACGCCAAGAUGAGGAGGACGCCCAGACGUCGAAGAAUGCGAUGCCUCCCCCGCCUCGGCCUCAACAGGACCUGGAACGAGACGAGUUGGCUGGAGAUGCCGAUCUAUUUGAUGCAGAAGCCGACCGAACUCCCAAAAGGAGCACGCGGCGGGCUGCGACGGCGGAGGUGACAGCGCAGGAAGAAACUAAUGGCAUUCACCCGCGGUCGUAUUUGUCGUCGUCCGUGACUUCAGACGCGGCCCACCAGCCAUUGGAUGACAUGUCUGAUGACAGAAGUUUCAUCACCGAAAGCGAGCUGUUUGACCAGGCUACUAUCGGCUCCUCACCCAAAUCGAUACCGACACCGGCCUUACGCGCGAGGUCAGGCCGCGCAGCGCAACAGCGGCCUUCGGCGCUGCGUCAUUCAGAACAACCUCUUGCUGACCAGACGCCUGCCGUGCUAGAGUCGGCAACCGAAGCCUUGGUAUCAGAGGCGCCAGCUCGCUCUGCGUUUAAAGCAGCUCCCAAUCUAGCACCUGCGUCCCUCCAACCCAGGCAAAGCGAGUUGAGGAGCCCCCAGCGUAAGACUGCGGCGUCGCGAGCGGCCGCAAUCCAGCAGGAUACCGAUCAAGCCUCCUCAGGCCUUGCCCGUUCGAGAACCCAGGCGGCCAGUCGUAGCAAGUUCGGCGCGACGCAGGAAGUUACCAGCAACAACAACAACUUCGCCUCGAAUUAUAGCGACGCUGACGAUGCACUGCAACGCCAGAUUGCUGCGUCGGAUUCGUCUGACGCCGCCGACGCUGCACCACCCCCCAAGACCUCUGCACUCUUUGCGAAAAGCGCGUCUUCUCAACUCGGGAGAAAGUUUCAGAAACCUACUAGCGGGCGCAUUGGGCCUUUGCGACAGACUGCAAGGUCUGCCUCGGGUAGUACUGUGGUGUUGGAGGCCGAAGAGCCCAGUUGGCUGGAGUAUAUCCGGUUUCAAGCACUUUGGGACUGGCUGAUGAGCAUUAUGGACAACUUCAACGAUGGUUUAGCCUGCACAGCUCGCCGCCUGCUUAAACUGACACGCGAGUACGGGGCACAAACGCUAGGGUUCAUCGUGGCCUCCAUGCUCGUCCUCUGGGCCGCCAUUGCGCUGUCGCAGUCGGGCGCGCCUGGCGCUCUGUGGGACGCUGUUCCGACGUCAGUUCCAUCAGGAUUGCCACCCUGGCAUGGAGUCAAGGGGUUGGCAAAUUCAGUCGGCAACCUGGUGCAUUCCAUACCGCUUCCCAGCUUCUCUAGGGACAGCGACAUCUCGGGUCUGUGGAGCCGUGAAGGGGAAGAAGACCGCACCGCUGCCGACUAUCUUCGCCAGCAUAAGAAGGACUACAGCGCAUUGAAGAAGGCGACAGACUUCAACAACGCGGCUCUGAAGAAACUUCAAAAGGUUGUGCCGAAUGUUGUCCACAUGGAGCUCAAGGAUGGCAAACCAGUGGUCGCUGAGCAAUUCUGGCACGCCAUCCGUGACCUACUCCGUGUAGAUGGAAGCUUCCUCAACAUGGACAAGGAGCAUGGCGAGUUUGCAGUGUCUUCAGACAAGCAGUGGAGCGCAAUCGCCACGCGCCUGGCUAAUGAUCCAACAUGGACCGGCAAGCUCAACGCCGGCCUUGAAGACGCGCAUAAGCGCGUGGAGAACCAGGUGUCGGUCUCUUGGGAGGCAUGGGUCCGGGACAACGAGGACAAGAUUGCGAGCCAACUAGGCUCUGCCAUCGAACAGGUCAACGCAGCCGCGUCGGAGGACAAGCUUGACGGUGUCGUCAAAACUCUUCUCGAGAAGCAAGUACAAACCGACUCGACCAUUGUCACGCGCGAAGAGUUCAUCCGUCAUCUGAACAACGAAUUUUCCGGCCACAAGGACCAGAUGCGUCGCGAGAUGGAGGAGCUUCUGCCGCGCUUCAAAGGCAUGCUCGACGAAGCCGUGGCCGUGGCCGUGGCCAAGAGCCAGGCGCCGCCCGCAGGCAUGAACCGUGCCGAUGUCACGAACCUGGUCAACGACAUGAUUCGCAAGUCGCUCGCCAGUAUCAACAUUGAGGCCCUUGCACGCGGCAAAAUCCACUCCCACUGGUCCACUGACCUUUCCAACCAAGUGAACUACUUCGCCCUCGGCGCCGGUGCCACCAUUGAUGGCAAGCGCACGUCUCCCAUCUUCGACCCGCAUAAGAAGGGCUUCGUCAAGGAGAAGGCCUACGAGAAGGGACUUCGCGGCGCCAAGCCGUUGCCGCCUGCAGCUGCUCUCACGCCGUGGGAGGAAGAAGGGGACUGCUUCUGCGGAGCUCGACAGCAAUCUGACCGAGGGAACCCGCACGAUGUCUCCCUCUCCGUUCAGCUGGGACACCAGGUCAUCCCUCAGUACAUCGUGCUCGACCAUAUUCUUCCCGGCGCGACCACUGACCCCGGGGCGAUGCCCAAGAACAUUGAGAUUUACGCCAAGUACGAGGACCCCGAGCUCCGGGGGCUGGCCUUGGAUUUCAGUGCUGUGUUCUUCCCGGAUGGCGAGAAGGCCUGGGACUACACGCCUCAGAACUUUGGCGAAGAGUUUGUCAAGAUCGGCCAGUUUGUGUAUGAGGGCGCGCAGGCCAACAGUGGCGUGCAGAUCCACCGACUCAGUGAUGAGCUGGUGCAGAUGCGAGCAGGGACGGACCAGGUUGUCGUCCGGGCGACGGACAACUAUGGCGCCGAGAGGCAUACGUGUUUCUACAGGGUGAGGAUGUAUGGCGAGAAGAUGUAAAGGGGUGUUUGCAGGCUGGAAAGGGAUGGUACACAAUACCCGGGGCAUGUCCUCUAGCGGAGCGUCACCUUGCUCAUUCUUCGUCGCAUGUAUGAUUUAGUUGGCAGCUACGGCGUUUCGUGUUCUAUUUCCCCAAGGCGC